UUUCUCUCUCUUUUUCUUCCCUCUAUCUCUCAUCUCACCAACACUAAUAAACAACAACCAAGUUUAUAUGAUAUUUAAAAUGUGUAAAAGAGUUAUAUCUCCGAGGAAUAAUCAAAUAUAAGUUUUUUUUUUCUCUCUUUCUCUCUCCCUUGUGAUCCUCCAUAAAUCCUAUCAUCAAGUACUCCCCUAAAGAAUCCUUUUUCUCUUCCUAAUAUUACUCUUUGUAGUGAGUAGUGGCCAAAAGUUUCCAUCUCCCAAAGCUGACUUUCAGUUGAGUCCUCAUGGGAAUUCAGAAACCGGCAUGGUUGGAUGCGCUAUACGCAGAGAAGUUCUUCGUGGGAUGUCCAUACCAUGAGACGGCGAAGAAGAACGAGAGGAACGUGUGUUGUCUUGAUUGUUGCACCAGUCUCUGCCCUCACUGUGUACCCUCUCAUAGAUUCCAUAGACUCCUUCAAGUUCGCCGUUAUGUGUAUCACGACGUUGUUCGGCUUGAAGAUCUUCAGAAACUCAUCGACUGCUCUAACGUUCAAGCUUAUACAAUAAAUAGUGCAAAAGUGGUGUUCAUCAAGAAGAGACCACAAAAUAGACAAUUCAAAGGAGCUGGCAACUAUUGCACUUCUUGUGACCGAAGUCUUCAAGAACCUUAUAUCCAUUGCUCCUUGGGUUGUAAGGUGGACUUUGUGAUGAAACGUUACAGGGACAUAACCCCAUUCCUCAAGCCAUGCCACACUCUAACCCUAGGUCCUGACUACAUCAUCCCACAAGACUUACUGACAGAUGAUGAAGUGGCGGCCUACGAGACUCCUCGAUCAACUGUGGUAGACGGCGAUGAGUCCAUGAGCUGGUCCUCAGCUUCCUCGGAUAACAACAAUGCGGGUGCGGCGGCUGCUUAUGCCGCAACCACCACCCAUGUCGUGAGGAAAAAAAGGACUGGUUUUUGCCUUUGCGCUAAAUCGGCUAAUAGUUAUAAAGAAGUUUCGGAGGAUCCUGACGAUAUUUCUGCUUGCAUCAAUCGGCGAAAAGGCGUUCCUCAACGAUCUCCUCUCUGUUAACGUACUCUUUUCUUCUUUGUUUUUGUUUUCUAAUCUUCUUUAUUAGUUUCUUUUCACCAUAUAGUCUUAUAUGUUACAUGUAUGGAUUCUUGUCGUGCGGUCUCUCUAAUAAAGUUUAUAAUCAGUUUUUUAUUUUAUUUUAUUUUGCUUACGUAGAUAUUAGUUUAGCAUACCUUAUAAAUUCAUAAGAAAAAA